CUGGCUAUUUCCGGUCACUGGACCCCAGUACAUGGUUGAUGUACAAUGGUACAUGCGCUACGUACAAUCUAUUAACAUAAUCACUCCAGUAAGUCAAUCAGUGAGCUGGUUCGGACAAUGACCAAACCUCAGGUUCGGUAUCUGAGCCUAUUUGCUCUCGCUAGUCCGUGCCUAUAAGUAUCGUCUUCCUCAGCUCGAUGAAGAGUCCAUUGUCAUUGACUGUAUCUGCGAGUUGGGGGUUUGAAGAACAGAGUAUUACCUGCAAGGUGGUUUUGAUUCGAACGAUAAUCUAGCCAAUCAUGGCUCUCGUGUCUGGUGUAAGAUCGACGCUCAAUCCAAACGCGCCCUUGUUCAUUCCGGCGGCCGUGAGACAAGUCGAGGACUUCUCGGCCGAGUGGUGGGACCUCGUCACCACCUCCACUUGGUUCCGUGAUUAUUGGGUCGGCCAGCACCAGGGAGAAGAUAUUUUCGGUGAGAUGGAGACUGAGCUUGAUGGUAACAAUGUUGUUGGUUUGUUGCCUGAUAACAUUGAUUUUGAUGUGGAUGAGGAUGUUCUGAAUAUGGAGGCUCAGUUCGAGGAGUUUCUUCAGUCGAGUGAGGGUGGAUACGGUGGGAAGGCUUAUGGAGGAGCCAUUGAAUUUGGUUUUGGGAAGAACUCUGAUGCAAUAAUCAAGAAUCUUAACAUGCAAAUGCAGAGAGGCCCCAAGUCUCCAAGGGAGCCGGUUUGGCGCUUUGAGAAACCUGCCAAGUCCGUGGGCCUGAAACCGAGCCCUCGUUUCAUUCAGCAGCCUCGCCUUAGUUUACAGUUUGGCUCAGCCAAAGCAGGGUACAAGUUCAUGUUUUACUUGCAAACUUUCUGUAUAGAGCAA